AUGGAUCCUAAUCAUUUUCAUUAUCAACAAGCUAUGUUCAAUUUCAUGCAAAAUUAUCAAAAUCCUAAUCCUCAAAAUUCUCAAAUUCCACCGAUGCCACCAUUUUCUACUCAAGUUCCACCAUUUUUUACUCAAGUUGGCACUGAAAAAGAAGAAAGGGUUGUUGUUAAAAAAAAAUCUCGAGAGCACUUUACAAGGGAUAAGGAUAUACUACUUAUCCAAUCAUGCCUCAAUGUUUCAAAGGAUCCAAUUGUGGGAGUUGAUCAAAAGACUGAGAGUUUUUGGGUAAGAGUCGCUGCCAAUUAUAACGAGUAUCGUGGGCAAUCGCGGGAAAAGUUAAAGGAACAAUUAAAAUGUCGAUUGCAUCGAAUAAAUAGCUUGGUUCAAAAAUUUGUUGGGUGUUACAAACAAGCUGUUAAUGGAAAGAAAAGUGGGACAUCGGAGAACGAUAUCAUGGCCGUUGCAAAUGCAUUUUUUGCUCAGGAUCAAGGUACAACAUUCAAUCUUGAGUACGCAUGGCGAUUGUUAAAAGAUGAACCUAAAUGGAUGGGAGAAUCGAUUGGAAGUUCUUCAAAAAUAACAAAGACUUAUGCUAGUGAGGCAUCAUCGGAGAACCCAGAUACACCUUCAAGUUAUGAGUUUAACUCAUCAUCAUCAAUGGAGCGUCCAAUGGGACAAAAAGCAGCAAAACGGAAGGGUAAGGAGAGUCACGUGGCUUUCCAGGUAUUUGCAUGGAAAGGACAGUUUUGUCGAGGUGAUCAUGGUAAGCCCACAAUCAUGCUUGAAGCAGUGGCAUCACAAGACUUAUGGAUUUGGCAUGUUUUUUUUGGUAUUGCAGGUUCAAACAAUGACAUUAAUGUGCUAAACCAAUCCAACGUGUUUAACGAUAUUUUGGAAGGACAUGCUCCCAAUGGAGAAAAGAAAAAGUUAUUUGCUCAACAUCAAGAAUCAGCUAGAAAAGAUGUGGAGCGGGCAUUUGGAGUGCUUCAAUCUCGAUUUGCAAUUAUACAUGGCCCAGCACGUGCCUGGCACAUGGACACCCUUAAGCAUACCAUAUAUGCAUGCAUCAUAUUACACAACAUGAUUGUUGAAGACGAACGACAUACAUAUGGAGGUAAUUUUGAUUACUCUUAUGAUAAAGUGGAUGACAACAACUCAACAACCGAAACAUUUAGCGGUCCUCAUCCGAAUCUUGCAACAAGACUACAAAGAAGAGCAAGUAUUCGAGAAAAACAAGUUCAUCGUCAACUUCAAGGAGAUUUAGUCGAGUAUAUUUGGGAAUGUUUUAGACAUGUAGAUGAUGAAAUUUAA